AUGCACCAGGCAGACGACAAGGAAAUACAUGAACAAAUUCGAUUGUUCACUGCUGCAGUACUACGAGAAAAAAGUGGCAAUUUCCCCCGUUUAAAACGGUCCAGGGACGGCUCUGUUUUCCCUUCAACAGAUGGUGCAACGACCAACAGGGGAAACAAGUUACUCCAGCAUGCGGAAGGCGUGAAACGAACGUCACUUCAAAAUUACGACGGGAGUCAAGAAAGUCAUGUAUUUUACAACGGAUCAGUGCAUAGACUUUUGGCCCGCAAUCGUCAAAACAUCGCAGACGAUGAAGACGAAAGCAGCAACGGCAGCAACACGGAUUUGCACGAAUUGGUAGACGUUAGACAGAUUUUAGCACCCAUCUCGUCUCUAGAGGACGUGGCAAAACAUCCGGCGAUCUCCAAAAGGUUUCAGAGCAGCGUGCUUCGAGACCUUGCGCUGCAGGCGGUGCUAAUGAUAGAAAAAGAACAAAAAAACGUAGUGUCGUUUUCAAACGUACUAGAAGCGUUUUUAGGAGAUUAUCCGGGACCGCUAAUAGAGCAAACUCUGAAGCUCGAAGAAUACGACCACAAUCUCAGUUUGCGGGACAGCUCCACGCUAGGUUUUACAACUGCUGAUCAGCCAGAGCCUUUAAAAGCUGAACGUGAUGUAAACGGAGGUGACCCUUUUUUCGCUCUACCUCAAUUCAAUCCCUACAAUACUCUUCCGUCGGUAAUAUCGCGUAAGGAGGAUCUGUCCAACGAAGAAGUAGAGGCAGCGAGGCAGUUAACUCAAAUUGCACUGCAGCGAAACCAGGAAUUUGUCAGAAAUUUACAAAAAAUUCGCAAUUGCAUCGUCAAGGCAGAGCGGAUAAAGGAGCGAAUCAACAUGUGGAGUCGAGAAUUCGCGGGAAUUCCGGAAGAAGGUGUAACAGUGCCAAGCGCACUUCAUGUUGUCAAAAGAGGGCUAAUAAGCGCUACUACAAACAGAACUAUGACAGAAGAGCAACUAGAAGCUGACGCGGAAGACGAGGUGGACCAGGAAAAGCCAACUUAA